GAUUUUUUGUUUUCAAAAAAAAAAUUCUUUGUGUGUAUGUAUAGUUUGUCUAUGUGUGUGGUAUCUAAUUCUGGUCAACAAAAAAAAAAGUUUGUGCGUUUUUCUGUUUCGUGUGUGUUAUCAUCAUCAAAUUAGUGAUAAAAUUUUCUUCAAAAUCCUUCAUAAAUGAAAUAUUUAUUAGAUGUAGAACCAUAUCAAGCAAACGAAUCGACUGAUGAAAUGGCUUAUCCACCGCAGCCAUUUCUAUUACGUGCUUCGGAUCUUAAUUAUAGAUCGGCUGCUGCUGCUGCCGCAGCAGCAGCAGCCGCAGCAGCUGCUUCAAAUAAUCAUAAUCAUAAUAAUCAUCAACAACAUCAACAAUCAGCAUAUCUAUCAGCAUUAGCUGCAUUUGGACCGAUGGCAGCAUCGGCUACAUUUUUUAAUAAAAUGGCAUCUAUUUCUACACAGCCAUCAUCAAUAUCAUCAUCGGGUAUUGGUGGACAACAGCAACAAUCAUCAAAUGAAUCAACAACAACAACAGCAGCUAUUAUCAAUAAUGGUCCACCAUUGCCACCAUCAUCAUCAUCAUCAUCAGCGGCUAACAUUCAUGGAACAUCACCAUUUUUAACGGCUGAAGAUAUGUUGGUAUCACAUCAAAUGGCUGCAGCUGCUGCAGCCGCUGCUGCUGCUGCCGCAGCAAACGCUUCCGGUCAAACAACAACAACAACAACGUCAUCAAAAUCACCAACAAGAACAUCACCAAUCAAUACUUUACGACCACCACCACCACAAUCGCAACCAACAUUACCAUUAUCAUCAACAUUUGAACCAGAUGAUGAUGGUAUUGAAGAUGAUCCAAAAGUAACAUUAGAAUCAAAAGAUUUAUGGGAAAAAUUUCAUUCAUUAGGUACUGAAAUGGUUAUUACAAAAUCCGGUCGAAGGUAA